AUUUUUUUUAAAUCAUCUUAUGCUUCCUUUAUUAUAUGCCCCAUAGUAUAUGAAUUAUCCAUAACUCAAUCUUUAAUAGUUCUAUAUGCUUCCAACUACCACGUAUGCAUUACAAACUCCUAAAAAAGAAACUUGUGAUUAAUCCUGCUAAUUCCCAGAGCCUUGCUUAAUAGAAUCAUAACUUUCAUGUAACACUGAGAAAUUCGAAGAAGCAGCCGAGAAAGAAUUAACAAUCCUCCUCAAAUACUUAUCCAAACAUAUUUCAUUAUUAAAAGACAGUGUAUUUGAUGAGUUUGUGUUUCAAAAUUUAAAAACCUUGUCAUCUUUGUCAAAAGACCUUCCUAACAUGAUUAAAAAACGAUAUAUCUUGGUCAAUAAAACAAAAGAGGAAAUGACAAAGUUUAUCAUCAGAAGAUGUUUUCUCUUCAUCAAAAGCUAAAUUGACUAUGAAGAAAAAGAAGGAGUCUCUGCUGAAGAAAGAGAUAGAAUGUUUUAUAAUUCUUUCUUUUCUGAUGAUAAAGAAUUUAUGAAAUCUCUUCAUAAUCAAUCCAUUGAUGAUAUGAUCCCAUUUAGAAAAGAUUCUAAAGUAAAAACUAUGAAUGACAAUUAUUUAAAAAGACUAUUUGAGUCAGAAAGAUUCUCCAAACAUUAUUCUUUGUUUUUAAAUCAAUUCAAGGAUAUAUGCUAAAAUGAAAACGAAGAAAAGAUAGACAACAUGACCAAAUAAUUGAUCAAAAUCAUCAUGACUAGAGAUUAUGGAAAAAUCAAAACUUAUAGGAGAUUUCCUUGGAAAGACCAUGAAUUGAUCAAAUGUGAAGAGAGAGCCAAGGACUUAUAUUCCAAGUAUUCAAGUUCUCGCAUUAAAAAACAAAAUAAAUAUAGUUCAAAAUGUGAUUCGCAUACGUCUGAUAUUUUGGAAAAGUACUCUGAAUCUUAAAAUUGAUAUUGCUAUCAUUAAUAUCAUAUUAUCUUUGUUAAAACAUAUCAAUUUUAUAAA